AUGUCACAGGAGGCCUCAGGGGCACCAGCAAUGCCAAGAGCAGGGCAUGGACAGACUAAGGCCAAAGCACAGUUGCUUCUAGGCGCUGACAGGAAGAGGAACCGCCUCAGCAAGACAAGGCAGGACCUAUGGGACAGCACUAGCUGGAGCAAUCACAGACUGAGCAGAGCCACCUCUGCCCCUCGAGGGACCAGAGCUAAGGGAACAGCUCAUGGCAGGAGUGAAGCCUGCCCUGAGAACGCAGCACGGGAGCGGACCCGGGUGAGGACACUGCGCCAGGCCUUUCUGGCCCUGCAGGCCGCUUUGCCUGCCGUACCACCUGACACUAAGCUUUCCAAGUUGGACGUGCUGGUGCUGGCCACGAGCUACAUAGCCCACCUCACCCGAACGCUCGGCCACGAGUUGCCUGGCCCUGCCUGGCCGCCCUUCCUGCGUGGACUCCGGUACUUACACCCCCUCAAGAAGUGGCCCAUGCGAUCUCGUCUUUACGCAGGAGGCUUAGGAUGCUCCGGCCUCAAUUCCACCACAGCCACCGCUGCCAGCCAGAGAACCGGGGAUGAAGAGGUGGGGUCCCAAGUCUCGAUAGCCACAGAUGUUCUUGUCGCUGAUCCAGUAUCUCCAGCUCUUGGUAACAAAUGA